UUGAGCGAAUUUUUUUUGAACGAGAUCAGUCGUUUUUUGCUGCGACGCCGAUCUGACGUGUUUUUUUUUUGUCCAUCGGCCUAGCACUUUUUGUUUUUGUUUUACCCAACUCGCGAUUGCAAUCCCACGCUCCGAGCCCUCGCCAGGCCACGCCGCCUUGAUCCAGCGCCUAAUCGAGUGUCCGGCCCAGUCACUGCCAAUAAGCGCAUGGAAGCAGAGGAUAGCCGGAAAAGCAACACGGGUCACGUAAUCAAUCAUUUUAUGGACUAGGAGUACAACCACCACCACCACCCCCUACGAAAAUGCACAAGGCCAUUAAAAACAAAUCCAGGUUACUGUGUGGCCUCAAGGAUUCGAGAGCAGAUCUGACGACGGCAAAGUUUAUACUUUAUUAUGGACCCACGGUGGCUGAUAGUGAUAUCUAUGACUUAACUGAUUACCAGAGUCUGCUGGAGGACGAGCACUUGGAUUUGUGCAAGAAUACGGUUCUCUAUUUGCAUGGCUAUAUCGAAGAUCCGGACGUAGAGAGCAUCCAUGUCAUAGCUGAGGCGUAUUUGGAGCGCAAGGACACUAACCUUAUCGUUUUGGAUUGGGGGGAACUGGCCGAUGGCAACUAUAUAUUCGAUGCCCUGCCCAACCUUAAGCAACUUGGACCGGAACUGGCCAAGGUACUCCUUCAAAUGUUCGACCAUGGGCUGGAUAUUGAAAAGUUCCACAUAGUCGGCCACUCGAUGGGAGGUCAACUGGCGGGACUAAUUGGCCGGGAAAUAUUCAAGCGCACCAAAGGCGUCCGAAAGUUAAAGAGAAUUUCCGCCCUGGAUCCUGCCUUUCCUCUGUUCUAUCCCGGAAGUCAUCUGAGCGCCAGUGAUGCCGAGUUCGUGGACGUCAUACACACGGAUGCCUGGCUAUAUGGAGCUCCCACCAGCACGGGAACGGCGGAUUUUUGGCCCAACAGUGGCAAGAGUCUGCAACCUGGUUGCCCCAAGCGCAACUACAAAAUGCUCAGUGACAACGACCUGGCCAGUCACCGGCGCAGCUGGUGGUUCUGGGCUGAGAGUGUAUCCGAUCGCUAUCCAAUUAGAUUCGAUGCAGUGCCCGCAAAGAACUGGUCCGAGUUUAAACAGAAGAGAACAAUCGAGACGUGCCCGCCAGUUGUGAUGGGUCAUCAUUGCCCCACGUCUGUACAUGGCAACUUUUACUUACAAACCAAUGGACAAACACCAUUCGCCAGGGGAAAGGAAGGAACCGUUUAUGUGGAACCCAAGGAGCUGUUAGGCAAUACACACAGUAUCUGCCCCUGCGAGACUCCGCAUCAUGAACAGAAAUAGACCGCUAAACACCGCUAUUAUAAACAGCUUUAGCUUCCUUAACGCUUUAUAUCACAUAUUGUUUAAUGGAAAUAUAUAAUUGUUGACUCGGAGGACAUCCACAAAAUCACCUACUUAAUUGUACAUAUUUGUUUAUGUAUAUUAGUAAAGAAUUAAAUGUUUUCGAAUUUAAAAUCAA